CCGUACAUCUUUCGGCCGAGCAUCGUAUAAUAUCUCAUGCGCGCUUUUACAGCUCCUCUUUCUAUCUCCCGAAAAUCCGCCCCUUCUUCACCGUCCAUCACAAAGGGCUUUUCUUCUUUCUCAUCACCAAACCCUAAAAAUCAAUCAUCGAUUCGGGGACUACAGUCUGGAGGCUCCUCUGUUUCCUCAGUUGACGGGGGUAAAUUUCUACUUUAACUUGUGGCUGAUAGCUUUGAUCUGAAUUAUGUUGCUGAGUAUCAUCCUUCUGUUCACAUUUUCUUGUUGUAGAGGUGCUUUACUGUGGGAACAUCCACAUUGCCUAAUAUCUUUGGUUCCCCAUCACCUCUUUCUUAAUCUCAUUGGUGGGAAUCCCCUAGCAACCAACCUAUCUCAGUCCCAUAUCUCAACAUUUCAAGCAGACUCUCUUUCAUAUCUAAACCCAUCUACCUGCUUGUCUUCCACAAUCCUGCUUUGGAUAGGGAAGCUUGUAAGUUGGUGACUGAAACAGCUAGUGUUGGCAGGUCAAGAACUGGUGAUAAUAGGACCUCACCUUUCUUACCCGAGAUGGAGGCUUCCCCAGAUCCAAGCACAAGUUCUAGAAGAGAAGGGUUGUUUGAUGGAGAAAGCAUCGAUAUGACAGAAAACACAGACACAGAGAACAUAAGGCUGCCGCUUUAUAAUUCUAACGAUGGUCAGAAAUGCGGGUUAUGUGGGAGACAUCUGAGGCAGAGGUCCCCAUGGAGUUCUUAUCGUAUUGUGAGAAGCGGUGAUAUGCCCAUUGCUGGUGUGCUUUCUUGCAGCCAUGUUUUUCAUGCAGAGUGCUUGGAGGAGACAACGCCAAAAACCCAAAUCCAUGACCCUCCUUGCCCGACUUGUUUGAAAAUUGCGGGCAGGGCUGAAGCGUCCUCAUCCAUUUCGGAACCGUUGAAGGAGGCCUUGAAAUCAGCAGACAUGGACCAGGGAAUCAAUAUUGCCAGUGACGGCAUGGGGAACAGCAGCGAUCGACCUUCGGAUCACAUGGAGAGUGGGUUGCGGAGAAAUCGGUCUCUGCUUAUGCCAAGGAGGGGUGGCACUGGCAGUUCUUUGAUAAAGAAUCAUUUUAAGAAGCAUCUCUCUUUCAAGGGGAAAGCAGGUAAAGAACUUUUCGGCGCGAAAGCAUCCCGCCGAACUGGAUCAUCCUCUUCAGAUCCCCACGCCAACCAGAACCCAGUUGGGUGUCCGAGAACUGGCCGGCCCUCCAAAAAGUAGUCCUGCAAGGAAGAGAUGCUUGUAGCCUUUAUAGAAGUUGGUAGCGAACCAGUAGUAGGGGAGCUCAUGUACAUUAAUCUGUUCAAGAGUCUUAUAUUUAAGCCUGAUUCUAUUCAUAGACAUAUGCUAAAAGAUCAGUGCAUUAGUUUCAGUAUAAUUUCAAUGAAAUUGACUUAUUGAUUA